CACAAGAAGAUGAAUCAGGCCCCAUUGUACUUCAUUUGGAUUCAUUGGAGAUUCACAGUAGUAGUUCUAUAUUUGAUGUUAUCGACAAGUAUCUAAAGGAAGAAUGGAACUACAUGAAUCAAAAUCCUCCUGUGCCAGAUAUUCCCAUACCAGAAAGGAUAUGGAAGAAUCUCCCUCGUAGGAUUGAGAAGAGGAAAAUUGCGGUUCCUCAGCAGAAAAAUGAGUAUGAUUGUGGUCUAUUUGUGCUUUACUUCAUGGAGCGGUUUAUCGCUGAGGCCCCCGAAAGACUUCGAAGGAAAGACCUUGCAACGCUUGGUGGUCGCAGGUGGUUUCGACCUGAAGAAGCUUCUGCUCUGAGAAACCGAAUCCGAAUCCUGCUUCUCGAAGAAUUUGGGAAGGCUAAAGCUGGAAACUGCAAAAAGGAGUUAAAGUCCUCUGAGAACUCCGACGAAGAUGGUUGACAGUGUUGCGGGUGACAACUAUGGACUAUACUGGAACUUCACAGCAACACUUCCACGUACACUUCAAUCGACCGAACAAUGUAAGUAGUUGCAUCAAUUUGAAAGUAUGCUUUUCACUUCUAGUUUCCUCUGGCCAAAAAUUCCUCCGAAAUGAAAAAAAAAAAAAGGAAAAAAAAAAAGAAAUUGCCGUGACUUCUCAAGGAGGUGAUUCUCUAAGAAGCUUUUUUUUUUUUUUUUUUUUGCAAAUCUGUCUCGAAUUACGAAUCCUCCUCAAUUUUGCCCCAGCUUAACAGUGCUAGUACUAGCCAUAGUCGACCAGGUGUAUAAGUUACGACAGCGAACCUUAUUAUUCCUGUCCGCCGAAUCUAUCCUUCGGGCACCAACCGAACCAUAUAUGGGUUUUGAAAACAAAUUUGAGAGAGGAAUGUACAGUCAAUCUCCAACAUUACAUCGGUGGAAGGAAUUCAUACGGUGUAGAUGGAAACCUGGGAAACAGUUGAAAGAAUUCCAUUAAGUUAUGUUUUAACUAUACUCAUUCGAGAAUCAUGAUAACUUUUGUUUUCUGGUUUCGUUCCGUCGGCGUCCUGAUUAUAUCACCCGAGGGCAUCCGGGAGUCGGAAAAAAUCCUGAUUGGUGUCUCGAAGCUUGUUUGAUAUCUACUCUAUUCUCAUGUCUGUAAGUAAAUUGAACUUUUACACAACCAAAGGACUUGCUUUGUAGAUCCAUUACUCUUCA